AGUGAGUUACCAUAUAGAAUACCAAGAAAAAUGAGGGUCUACAUUUUUACUCUUGCAGUACUUGUUGUUGCGAUAUUGGUUCCCAGCAAUGCUGAGAAAACGAUUGGGGAUCACAUCAAAGAGUGCAAGAAAGAACUGGAAAUUCCUGAAGGAACCAAAAAAUUUAGUCCACAAGAUCCCAAGUUCAAAUGUUUUCUAACUUGCAUGAAAAAGAAGUUUGGGGUCAUCGUUGACGGUAAAGUUAAUGCCGACGCAGCAAUAAAAUUUUAUUCAAAAAAGAAGGAACUCGAAGAGGCUAUUAAACAUAUUAUUAAAGAAUGUGCUGAUGCAGCCAACAAACUAUCCGAUUGUGAAGUGGGUUACACUUACUUAAAGUGCUUGCAUGAAAAACAAAAGGGAAAGAAGUCCGAAGUCGAAACAAAAAAAGAAAAUAAUGAAGAAUAAUUCGGUUUUGAAAAUAUUCGUCAAUAUGAUAUUCUGUAGCAGCCACAAUUGAUUUUAUAUAUUUCCUUAUA